ACACCAUCAAUUUGGAUCAAGUCCAAGUUACCUUCAGUUCAAACUGAAAGCUUGCAUUCAUGCUCAGACGCGAUGGCUGCGGCUUUCUCGACACACACAUUAAAAACUGGUCGUUGCGUCUCCUCUCUCAUUCUACACCACCAACCUGAUACACCUACGAGAUGAUGUUUGCUGCAAUCCGAUGUGCGCUUUUUGUAGUAGCAGUUGUCGGGUCACCCACUCCUCCGCCAAAUGCUCAUUCUGAUAUGGGUCGCACACAACACAUUCUUCUCAACUCGAGAUCAAAUGUUGCUAACUUCUCCAAAGUGUUUGAUCCGAGGACUGUGUGGGAACAGCUGGGUUUUGUAUCUCGUAAGUACAGUGCUACCAUGGGAGCCUACCAACGGAACACUGGGUCUCCCCACCCUCUGAGUAGUCGCUUCGACUUUCACUCAGCUGCAAAGCGGAAUGGAAACGUAUCCCUUGUCAACUACAAUGCAGACCUCUGGUACGGCGAGAUCGACGUGGGCACGCCCCCAAAAACAUUUACAGUGGUAUUCGAUACUGGCAGCUCAGACCUAUUCCUUCCAUCUACCGAAUGCAGUGUUAGUUGUGCUGGCCAUACACAGUACGACCCUGCUGCAUCUUCGUCUGCCAAAGAUUCUGGCCAACCGUUCGUGCUGACGUAUGGCGCUGGGGAGACAGCGGGCGAGGAGUACGUCGAUGACGUUUUUGUUGGGGGUUACGAAGCCAAGGAUCAGACUGUUGGCGCCGCAUGGAUGUAUUCGCCAGAGUUCAGCAAGGACGGGUCUUUCCCCCCUGACGGUCUCUCCGGUCUGGCAUUCCGCGAAAUAUCAGAGUUCGAGGGAUCUCCACUGUUCCAAACGCUGGACGAAAGUGGCAAACUGCCACAAAGCGUCUUUGGGUUCAAGCUCUCUACUACUCCAGGAGACAGCGAAAUGGUCAUCGGAGGAACAAAUACUGAUCUCUACCACUCCGACACACUCACUUAUGUUGCUGUGACGGAUAGAGGUUACUGGCAGGUAGAGAUGGAUGUCAUUUCGAGGUUGGGACAAGAGGUCAUUGAGUCGCAAGCCGCUACUGCCAUCAUUGAUACCGGGACCACCUUCGUCAUCACCUCCUAUUCAAUCGCACAAAGUUACUACGCGAACAUAUCUGGAGCUACGGCCCACACGGAGGGCGCGGAUACAUACUGGACAAUUCCGUGCGAUACCAUCAAUUCCACCGUGCCUACAUUCACGUUCGGCAGACGUGCCUUCAAAGUCUCCGCGCAGACGUACAACCUCGGGCCAGACGUUCUUUCCAGCGACUGCUUAGCAGGGAUUGCUGCGUCUUCAGAAAUGGAUUUCACGAUCAUCGGCGAUGUUUUUCUUCAGAACGUUUAUUCAGUGUUUGAUUACGCAAACACGAGGGUUGGAUUUGCAGAACUUGUUUGA